GGUUCACGAGAACGAAAGUGAAAAUAAAGGGCUUUGGCGGUCAACGUCAAGGUGGCGAUCUCCGUUGACUACCACGUGUCGAGUUCUCAUUGGACCACUAUUUUCUCCACGGAAGUCGCCCAUUUUAAUCCCAGCCUCCGUCUUCUCGCUCCCUACAAUCGCUGAGUUUGCUCGCUACAGGCUCGCUGUUUCGAGGAGGAAGGAGUUGGUCUUAGUAUACUGUAACAAAGAUGUUGCUGUUGCCAACGGAAUCAUCACGAGAGGAAAACGUUUACAUGGCCAAAUUGGCUGAACAGGCUGAGCGGUAUGAAGAAAUGGUCGAGUUCAUGGAGAAAGUUGCUAAGACAGUGGAUGUCGAGGAGCUGACCGUGGAGGAGAGGAACCUACUCUCAGUUGCUUAUAAGAAUGUGAUUGGGGCCAGGAGGGCUUCUUGGAGGAUUAUCUCUUCCAUUGAGCAGAAGGAAGAGGGCCGUGGAAAUGAAGAUCAUGUUUCCAUAAUCAAGGAGUAUAGGGGAAAGAUUGAGGCAGAACUCAGCAAGAUCUGUGAUGGAAUUUUGAGCCUUCUCGAGUCGCAUCUUGUUCCCUCAGCCUCAUCUGCUGAGUCCAAGGUGUUUUAUCUUAAGAUGAAGGGUGAUUACCACAGGUAUUUGGCUGAGUUUAAGACGGGGGCUGAGCGGAAGGAGGCUGCCGAGAACACCUUGGUAGCUUACAAGUCUGCUCAGGAUAUUGCUUUGGCUGAUUUGGCUCCUACUCACCCAAUAAGGCUGGGACUUGCACUUAACUUCUCUGUUUUCUAUUAUGAAAUCCUUAACUCGCCUGAUCGUGCUUGCAAUCUUGCAAAGCAGGCUUUUGAUGAGGCUAUCUCUGAGUUAGAUACGUUGGGCGAGGAAUCAUACAAGGAUAGCACCUUGAUCAUGCAACUUCUUCGAGACAAUCUGACAUUGUGGACUUCUGAUAUCACGGAUGAAGGUGGGGAUGAGAUCAAGGAAACUUCAAAACGGGAGUCUGGUGAGGGGCAGCAGUGACGAGUUUGUAGGAGGAGAUGUACUCUGUACUUGUCAAUUGUGACCUUAUUGUAGGUUCCAUUUACGUGGUUGUAGCAAAAACUUAAUGAAUUUGAAGAUCUUCAGUGCUAGUUGUGUGCUUGGGGUUCAAAUUUAUUACAGAUUAUAAGCUUGUAUUGUGCUUUAAUCAGUAGUUUCUUGUUUCGUGUGGAAAUUUGUCGUGGAUGUGGCAAUUCUAUGAUGCUUUAAUCAGCAUUUCGUUGUUCAGUAUGAAAAUCUGGUUGUGGUUGUAA